AAUGCCAAAUCUCUUGAUACGGAUUAUAAUAGCAUGGCUUUAUGCCAUUGCCCUGCCAAUCUAUGCCUUAGGGCAGUCCAAGGACUGUGUCUUAUCAAAACAAUUGGACAAUCAAUGUGCCAGCUAUUGCUAUAAGGCCAUGAAACCUCUGCUGGAGAUGGCAAGUCAAUGCCAACAGAAGGAUGCAAAGCUGGUGGAUCUGGUGGAGCAGUUGGGAGAGUUGAAGCAGCAGUUGUCUGUCUACAAGGAAAGAGAGUCCAAGAACAAGGAACUACUCGAAAUGGCCGCAAAUGUAGUUGCUAUAAAAGAAAAACUUUCAAAUAUGGAAGUUAAAUUCCAAAAACAACUUGAACAACAGACAACGGAAACAGUAUUGAGAACGGAACCCAACAGCUGCUUAUCUUCGGGUAGAUCAUUCCAAAUUCAGAAGAUUAAAGUGGCUGGCAUGGAAGCGUUUUCAGUACCCUGCAAUAAUGAGUUGGUUGGUCACGGUUGGACAUUAAUCCAGCAACGCUUGAAUGGCAGCAGAAACUUCUACCGCGGUUGGGAUGAAUAUCGUGAGGGCUUCGGGGACUUUAAUGAUGAGUUCUUUAUCGGUCUGGAGAAGCUGCACCACAUGCUAGCCAGUCAGCCCCAUCAGUUAUAUAUAAGGAUGGAAAAUUGGAAGAGGCAAUUUAGUUAUGCCAAUUAUGACAACUUUGGAGUAGGUGCUGAAAGCUCUGAUUACAAGCUAUUGUCCCUGGGUAAGUAUUCAGGAGAUACCACAGAUGCGAUGCGAAGAAACGAGGGCAUGAAGUUCUCCACCUACGAUCGCGAUAAUGAUAUGUAUAACACUGAAAGCUGUGCACAAAUACUCAAAGAUGGCUGGUGGCAUGCUGCCUGCUCUGAUUGCAAUCUCAAUGGAAUAUAUAACGACGCAAAGUAUUGCAUCUAUUGGAACGUGAGGAACAUGAUCAGCAAUUUGGAUUGCCUUAAAACAGUGCAAAUAUUUAUUAAACCUAAAGCUAAUUAGAUAUGUGAAUUUCCAAAAUUUAAUUUAAGCCAAAGACAGUUUUAAAUGAUUUAAUUCACUGUUUUUGCCAAAUAUUCUGUUAUUUCUGAGUGUAAAGCUGAAGUAAAGCAAUUUAUUUAGAACGACAUAACAGAUUAAUACUUUUUAAUAUACCAGGUCUGUAAUAUCAAUUUUUAUUGACCAAAGAACAUGAAGAUUAGCUUGCAAUUUUUUCAAGAAUUUAAUCUACCACAUUUUCCAGCGAAAUUCAAUUUAAAUCCCCAACAUAAUCUUUUAAAGUUUAUCCGUAAUGUUUGUUAUGUCAAAUAAAAGAUGAAUUUAGCAAAA